CUAAGACUAUUUUUCCUCCUCUGGUCUCCAAGGCGGCUUUGCCAUCGAAAAUAAACCUUGGCGCAUAAAACAAUUCUGUCUGUGUCACAAAUAAACCAGACUUUAUAAAUAUCGGCAGGUUGCAUAUGGUUGUGAAACAUUCAGCCACUCAUUAACGGAUCGAAAAGCUCCUGCUUGCCACAACUUCCCAAAUUAUGAAUCUCUCUCUGUUUCCAUACCUUCUUUUUGUUUUUCUGGCCACAUUUUUUUCUGGCUUGCACACCAUCAAUAUCCACGCAUUCCCAAUUCAAGAAUCAACCAUAGAUGAUCUCCGUCUCGCAUUCAAGCAAAACCAACUAACUUCAAGGCAACUCGUAGAGUUCUACAUUGAAGAAAUCCAUAGACUCAAUCCUGUCCUUAGAGGGGUCAUAGAAGUGAACCCUGAUGUACUAUUCCAAGCUGACAAGGCUGAUCAAGAACGCAAGGCUAAGGCCCCUGUGUCGCUCUCGGCCUUGCAUGGCAUUCCAAUCUUGGUUAAGGAUAAUAUUGCAACCAAGGAUAAGUUGAACACCACAGCUGGGUCAUUUGCAUUGCUCGGCUCAGUUGUGCCACGGGAUGCAGGUGUGGUGGUGAAGUUGAGGAAAGCUGGAGCCAUCAUACUGGGAAAGGCUAACUUGAAUGAAUGGUCUGGUUUCAGGUCAUUCAGUCUACCCAAUGGUUUCAGUGCCAGAGGUGGCCAAGGAAAGAAUCCCUAUGUUUUGGUUGCGGAUCCUUGUGGGUCAAGCGGUGGAUCAGCAAUAUCAGUCGCAGCAAACAUGGCUACAGUGUCCUUGGGGACUGAAACUGAUGGCUCCAUUAUAUGUCCCUCCAGCUACAACUCGGUAGUGGGCAUCAAGCCAACAGUUGGUCUCACCAGCAGAAAUGGAGUCAUCCCAAUCUCUCCUAGACAGGACACUGUUGGGCCUAUCUGCAGGACAGUAUCGGAUGCAGUUCAUGUUCUUGAUGCAAUCGUAGGCCUCGAUUACUACGAUGGCGUGACAAAAGAAGCAUCAAAGUACAUUCCAUAUGGCGGCUACAAACAAUUUCUCAAGCCUUAUGGCCUCAAAGGGAAAAGACUGGGCAUAGUAAGGAACCCAUUCUUCAAACUCAGGCAUCCAUACUCCAAAUCUGACUAUGGAUCUAUCCCCAUUCAAGUUAUUGAGAACCAUCUGCAAACUCUAAGGAAAGAAGGUGCAGUUUUGGUAGACCAUUUAGACAUAGCAAACAUUGAUGUAAUCUUGGACUUCGAUGGGAGUGGAGAAAAAACAGUAUUGCAGGCCGAGUUCAAAAUAGUUGUAAAUGCAUACCUGAAUGAGCUGGUGAUUUCUCCGGUGCGAUCUUUAGCAGAAGCCAUAGCCUUCAAUGAGAACAACUCCAAUUUGGAAAAGAUCAAGGAAUUUGGGCAAGACAACUUUAUUGAAGCAGAGGCCACAAAUGGGAUAGGCGAUGCAGAGAAGAAAGCAUUGUCAAACCUGACAAGACUUACAAGAAGUGGAUUUGUGAAACUAAUGAGAGAGAACAAACUAGAUGCUCUGGUAACUCCUGGUGCUGCUGUUUCUCAUGUUCUUGCAAUUGGUGGGUUCCCAGGAAUUAGUGUUCCCGCUGGCUAUGAUAGCAAAGGAGUGCCUUUUGGCAUUUGUUUUGGGGGACUAAAGGGCUCAGAGCCAAAGCUGAUAGAGAUUGCAUAUGGUUUUGAACAAGCAACCAAAAUCAGAAAACCUCCUACAUUCAAGCUCUGAAGAUUUAUAUUUAUGUCUCAUCAGAAUAAUGUACAUGUUUGGCGAGCUUAUCUUCAGUACUUCAUAUACAUAGUUUCUCUAAAGUGCUGCAAAAUAUUCAAAUAAAGCCAAACAUGCCAAUUUGCGUUGCUCA